AUCUAUGGUCAGCGCACUCCCGAUGCCCGAGCUAUCGUUUGCUUCACACUGACAUCAUAGCGGAUUACAAUGUCAAAUAUUUUGGAAGCAGCACUAGCCUCCGGUUUUACACCCCGCGAGAGAGAUUCGUCGUUUAUAUUCCAGUCAUUUGAAAUAUAAAGUUGCAAUAUUUUUCGCAUGAAACAUUUUUGGGGGAUGGAAUGAUGCAUUCAAGUUAAGGUCUAUGUAACAGAGAGUGGGUCAGGUCAGGGAUGCUGCAGCAUCGGAGGGAAUCUGACUCUCAUGGCCUGUUUUCAUCUGGAGAGACCUCCGACAAUGACUGUGAGAUGGGGGCAAGUUGUGGAGAAGUUGGCGUAGUGUGUUUGUGUGAGACUGGACCCUGCACACUAUACUCUGAAGCACACACACAGACACCGGACACACUGAAAUGUGAACACUGUGGGAAAAACAGGGUAGUGAUAACCAGAUACUCAGAGGGAUAUGGCACAGAGGAAGAGUGUGCCCUGUCCGAUCCUCAGGGCGACAGCGAUGCAGACGCUGACAUCGAGGACACAGAUUGCAGACUACAGGAGCCAGGUUCUCUCCAGCGAAUCAGUUCGCGGAGACGGAAGCGACCACGAAUAGCACGGCAGGACACCACGGAGAGUGAGGACGAUGGGGGGAGGAGUCACAGGAGUCACCGCUGGAACCUCAGACUCAGUCCCCACCGCGCUCACAACAGAACCUUACUAGAGGAAAGUGUAUCACAGGUCAGACCGUUAGUGAUCUGUCGGCCCAGUAUCAGAGGAGACGGUCAGGGGCCUCCAGUCGAAGGGCCCAGAACUGGCCCAAAAUGGCUCUGGUUCCUGUGGCCCUCGUCUCUCUCCCUGCCUGUCGUUCUCCUCCUCUCCAUCCCUCUCUCUCUCUCCUUAGUCAUCGUCAUCAUAUCUUUCCUGAUGCCUCGGGCCAGUACUUGACCUCACUUCUCUGUUUUAUUUCAUUCAUUGUAAUAUUUUUCAUGGAGUAAUAUAAUGAUGCUUUAAUCACCUCGCGUCACCACAUCAUGUUGUUAAUUCAUGUGUGUAUACUGUAAACAAAUCAAAUCAGACCAUAAGCCAUAGCAGCAUCAGACCAUAAGUCAUAGCAGCAUCAGACCAUAAGCCAUAGCAGCAUCAGACCAUAAGUCAUAGCAGCAU